AGUAUCACGUGAUGGAAAAUCGAAAGUGAAAUUAUCUUUCAUCUUUUGCGAAAUGGUUGUGCAAAUGUCUGCCGAAAAGUCUUUCCAAUUGAGGGUUAAGGCUUCUGCUCAGGGUCUCCUGCUGUAUGCUCUGCUCUCCUUGUGGUCUCACUGUGCAGCAGGAGCCUUGGAUGUGACCAUAUUUCCAAACCAAACACGGGUCAUCAUGAAAAAAGAUUUUAUCCUGAAAUGCAAAUUUACUGGUUAUCAUAACCUCAGCCGGACAAAUGUUGGGGUCCAGUGGCUUGGACCCUUACAAAAGGAGAUCUACACCUUUGAUGCAGGCAAGCAUGUUCCAAAGAGACAAGGAGUAAAGCUGUCUGAAGCUGACUUAUUGAAAGGAGAUGCUUCCCUUUUCCUUCCAAAUGUACAGAUUGAUGAUGAAGGGAAAUACACUUGUAUUGUAUUUGUCACACCUGAGAAGGGUGAAAAGAGUUCACACCUGCUAGUUUUAGCUCAACCAGAAGUCCAUUUGUCCACAGAUCACAUCACUGUUCUGACAGGAACAGAGAGAUCUGUGAGUUGUAAUGUUAAAGGAUUUUACCCUAAACAAUUUGCUCUCACCUGGGAAAAGAUAACAAAUAAAGGAAAAGAAACGCUGGAAGAUCAGUUUUGCACAGGUGCUGCUACUCCCAUGGAUGAUGGAACUUUCAGUGUUUCUAGUAGAGUCAAGAUUGAACCAACAUUGAAGGAUGAUGGUGCUAUGUACCAGUGUACCGUAACUCACCAAUCGGGUUCUGAUAUUAGCAAGCAUACUAGACUCACAGUUAAAGAGCCUGAAAAACAUUCUUCAGCUUUAGCAGUUGCUGCAAGUAUAUUUGGUACUUUGCUGUUAUGUGCAAUGUUCUUAGCUUUUGGAUGGCUCUAUUGGAGAAGAAGAGGAGUUCCUCCAGAAAUUACUGAAUUCAGCAAACCUUCCGUAUUUCAACAUUUUGAAAAAGGCUUCAUUAAUUACCAAGUCAAUGGAUUUAGACCUUCUGAGAUUCAAGUUGUUUUAAUGUUGAAGAGGACGGGGAAUGAAAAUGGAACAAAAAUUUUUGAAAGGUGUUGCACACAGAAAACUGCAGAAAAUUAUAGGCAAUUAGCGUUUGAAAUUAUUCGAAGUGAAGAGAGCCUUCUUCGAAGUGAUUGUUGGCCAGAUGAAUCCUUUUUGCCUUUGGAACCAACUUUAUCCGAGAACAGUGACAGGACGUUCAAAUUACAGGGCAGUGUUGAAGUCUGUCCUGAUGUAAAACGUGAUAAUGGGGCUGAAUUAAUUCUUCUUGUUUACCAUGACACUCUUGCCCAACCUGCUUCAAAAGCUAUAACACUGGAAGUUAAACAAGUCCCACCAAAAAUGUCAAACAUUGUGGUGCCACUGCAAGUCCAUCAUAAUGAGCCUGCAGCCCUGAUUUGUUCUGUCAUUGGAUUUAAACCAAAACCUCUUCAAAUCAUAUGGCAACGAAUCGGGCGGGAUGAUAAAUUGGAAGAACUUCUGCGAUUGGAUCAGGAAAGGACCAUCUUUGCUCGUGACAAUGGGAACAAUUGCAAGUAUCAUCAUCAAAUCAGUGAGGUAAAAUAUAAAGAUAGAUCCUAUGGUAUCACCAGUGCCCUAGUUAUUUUGCCAGAUGUACUACAAGACCAAGGAACAAAGUAUAUCUGUCAAGUACGACAUGUGGACACGGAUGAGCAGAAAGAUACAAUUCUGAAAAUUACAGCCCCACCAAAAUCGAACGGGAUAAUAUGUGAUGCAGAAAAACCAGUUGCAGGAGAGUGCAUGACUUUGCACUGCAAAAUACAUUCUUUUUACCCCCAAAACAUCACAAUAACAUGGCUCAAAGAAGGUGAAAAAAUGUGGGAAGAAUUCAAUCAAAGUGGACCCAAACCAGGAAAUGAUGGGCUCUAUAACUUGACAACAAGUGUAAAGACUACACUGAGAGGAGCUGAUGUUGGGAAGAAAUACACUUGCCAAAUACAGCAUGAAAGUCUAGUACAGCCUUUAGAAGUUGACUGGGUGCUUGAUCAACUGAUAUCCGCACCAAAGAUAACCGAAGUUAUAGCCGAACCUGCUCACCCAGAGGUGGGAAAACCUGUAACCCUUUCCUGUAAAGCUUACGACUUCUUUCCAGAAGGCCAUCAAAUAUCCUGGUUCAAAGGGUUUGAGAAAAUUAAAGAUGGAGUUAAAAUGGAUGCCACUGUAUUCGAUAAUUCAACUCGUUUGUACUCUCGUGUAUCUAAAAUGACAUUCAAACCAAGUGUCAUGGACCAAGGAAAAGAUAUCAAAAUGGAAAUCCUUCACGCUGAGACUUCAAACAGCCCUGUCUCAUCCAAUUAUCGUUUGAAACUAUUUGGUAUUAAGAGUACAACCUCUGCUCAAUUAAAUGGAUCGAUUGAUGCAGGUGUUAAGAGUACAACCUUUGCUCAAGGUAAUGGAUCGAUUGAUGCAGGUAUUAAGAGUACAACCUCUGCUCAAGGAAAUGGAUCGAUUGCUGCAGAUAAACCAGAGAUAUCACCGAUAACGUGCCAAACACCAGCUCCUAAAGUUGGCCAACCUGUAACGAUUUCCUGCACUGUUACGGGAUGUGCUUUAGGAGACUGUUGCAUUACCUGGUACAAGGGUAUUUACCCUUUUAAAGAAACCAACUGCAUUGAAAACAAACCAUUUGAAAAUGGUGUGGGUUUCACCACUUCGUUAACUUAUACACCAAAGCAAGAAGAUGACAAUUGUCAGUUCUGCGUUGAAAUUAAUAUUGAGAUGGACACAAUUAGCAGAUUCUUCACAAUGAAAUUAGGUUAAGUUGAUCAAUAUAUUCAGAUUUUGCAGCUAUAAAAUGAAGUAACAUUCUUGUUUAGAUUUCAUUAUGUAUAAUAAAAUGUUUUCAUACAUAUGACCAACAAUAGCUUUGUUUGUAUGUAUCCCCAUAUAUAGUCUGAGAUUUACUGGUCAGAAACUUGUCCUGGAACAUUGUAAGCUCUGUAUCUAUAUGCAAGUACUAGUAUUUUUGUUCUUGUUAACUGAAUGAUUAGAAGCAAAGGGAAAAUCCAUUACCGAGCUCCUAACAAGUUGAGUAUUAAGCAUACGCCUUCAAGGCCAAUCUUUGUGUCAAAACAGAAUAACUUAAUGAAAGAAAGUGACGUAGAGCAGGACAGGUAAAAACAAUGACUGCAGAUGUUCGAAACCAGAUUCUGGAUUAGUGGUGCUGGAAGAGCACAGCAGUUCAGGCAGCAUCCGAGGAGCUGUAAAAUCGAUGUUUCAGGCAAAAGCCCUUCAUCAGGAAUACAGGCAAAAAACCUGAAGGGUGGAGAGAUAAAUGA